AUGAUUAAUCAUUCAGUCUCUCCUCCAUUACAAAGUGCAUCAUCUUAAAAUGGUUUAGGAAUUCAAGCACCUUCUACAAAUGUUUCAGCAAAAUAGAAAAUCCAUGUUUCAAAUUUACCUCUUAAUAUUACAGCUCAUCAAUUGUAAUAAGCUUUUUAAAACUAUGGAAAUAUUAUUGAUAUUAGAAUAAUUAGAAAGACUCCAACUGGUAAUUAAAUCAACUAAUUGUAGGUCUUCCUUUACACUUAUCAUGUUAUGCUUUUAUUGCAUUUGCAGAUAACGAAUCAGCUGACAAAGCAAUAAAAGAUGGUGGUUUGGGAGAGUGGACUGUUAAACCUUAAAUUGAUAAACAAAUGAUUGUCAAAUAAAGAUCUAGAUCAAGGUCAAGAUCAUAAGAGAAAAAUAGAUAAGUGCUAACUACAAGUUCUAUUAUGCCUUUGGAACCAUGUCCAAAAAUUCAAAUCCAACUCUAUGUUAGGGAAUUAUUUGUUAAUGGCAUUUCAAAGAACUAUGAUGAACCACGAAUAAGAUAGGUAUUACAAUGUGAAAAUUAUAGAUUUUUUCAUAAUUUGGUCCUAUAGAGAGGAUUGAUCUGUAUCCUAAUAAGCAUAAUAUAUUUAACAGUUAUAUAAAAUUUUUUACUGUAUAAACGUUUUUUUAUUUGAAUUUAGAUAGAUUAAGCUAUUUAUGCUUUUUAAAAUAUGGAUAGUAUUUAGUAAUAAUUUUCUACACAAAUAAAAAUAUAUUUUUCUGAUCCUAUCAAAAGACAUAAUAUUGUUGGAAAUAAGUAAACAAAAUUUAUAGCUUUUUUUUAGUUUAUAAAAUGAAUAAUAAUCUAAACUUUCAUCAGUAUUAUUUAUUUUUUUUCCUCCUAAUUUAAAUAAAAAAGUCGAUCAUGCGUUUUUAUUUGAAGUAAUUUUUCAAAAUCAUAUUAUGACAGAUUUGUUCAAAUAAUUAAUGUCGUCCUCUCCUUUGGAAUUACUAUUAACAAGAUUCUAAUUAUAAAUCCUAUACUCUCCUUUAAUUCAAGGAUACUCAUUAAGCAAUUCAUAUGAGAACGUAUUUGUAAUCAAAUGCAGCAGAUCUUCUAGGAGAUCCAAAAUGUGAAAUAGGUAUAGUCUCUAUACCUACACAAUAAUAAUUUUAAAAUUAAUUUUAACCUUAACCUUCUAUUAUGAUAUAAUAAUAAUAAUAAUAAUUUGUAAACUAAAUUAUGAUGUCUCACUAAAUUCCCCCUCAAUAAUUUUAGUUACCUUUUUAAAUACCAACGUAUUAAUUAUAAUAAUAACCAAUCUUAAAUUAAUAAAUGAAUAAUCAUAACCCUUACAUAUAAAACAAUGAAAAAAAAAAUUAAUAACAAUAAUUGCAUGAUCCAAGCAAAUUUCUGUUCAAUUAGAUACAAAAUACAAAUGAAAACGAAAUCAAAAUUAAAUCCAAAAAUCAUUAAUAAUAAUUAUUAUAAUAAUAAUAAUAAUCAUAAUAAUAAUAAUAAUCAUAAUAAUAAUAAUAAUAAUAAUAAUCAUAAUAAUAAAAAUAAUAAAAUUAAUAAGCUAAUUAAGAAAUUCUAGAUGCAUUUCUUAAUUUUUCAUAAAUUUAAUCAAGAUAAGACAUGAAUGAUUUUUGGAGUGGUUUUAUGUAUAGGAGUAAAAGCCAUAAAGUAGGAGUAGAUGCUUUUUGCAUUGAAUCAGAUGUAUGUUUGAUUUUAAUAAUGUAGCCACCUAUACAAAUGAAUCCAUAAAUAUAAGUAAAUUACAAGGGAAAUUUCUCUGAUGCCAAAAAAUGUGCUAAUGAUUCCUUUAAAUUUAUUUUAUGCCCUUCAGAUUAAACUUAGGUAACUAGAAUAAUUUAUAAAAUAGAAUAGUGCUUUUUAAGAAUAUAUUGAUUACUUUCUUGAAAAAAAGAAAAUCGGAGUAGCAUAAUUAGGAAAUGGCGUUUUAUAUUUGCUACCACCUUGUGAUAUAACAAAUUAAAUAUAGCCUAUAUCGGGACUAGAAUUAUUAGCAAUAUUUUCUGAUGAAAAAAAGAAAUAAUAAAAUUAUAGCAUAGAUUAUUAAUGA